AUGGGUUGGUGGAGGAGAGGCAGCAGCAGCAGCAAUGGCAUGCAGCGUGUGGUGGAAACGCACUUCUGGAGCCUCACACGUUACCGCAUCGGUCGCCGUUUUUUGGGCUUAGAUUAUGCUGACAAUGUCAUAUUCUUUCCUGCGUACCGCUCCAAAAGACGUGGCGGUUGGGCUGCAGUUACAUUAGGAGUCACAAGUAGCAGCAACUACUUCACUAACGACACAUCUGCGGUAAACGUACUGGAAGACGGUUAUCCGUUACACUGGCGUGCGAAUUCGAGACUUAAGGAGUUCGUUGCGGAGGAAAAAAAAUUGUGGCAGGCCCGCGUAAAGGAGGAGGUGGCCCAACUUGCAGCGGAGAAAGUUUCGGCCAGUAGGACAGGCGACCCCAACGGAGGGGCUGCAAAGGAGCCGGGGGAUCUUAUGGGAGACAUCAACUGCGAGCACAGGUUUCGGGACACAUUAGCUAUAAAGUGCACGUCGCCCGGUUUUGCCCAACGCCACUUGCGACUCAGCCGCCUGUGGACAUCACUGUACAAAUUUCUGUAUUUCUAUCUGUGGGGUAUCGGCAUCUCACUUGUCGUGCAGGCUUAUUUGCUUUUCCGCAGUUGGCUCAAUCCUCCUGCACGACAGGGAUUGAAGAAUAUUGAGGCGCAUGUGCUGCACAUUCCCAAACUGAUUUUUGGUUUCUGUGUGUCGUGCGUGGUUUGGGCCGCCCAUCACCUUCAACCCGUUGUAUCACCGGUCCUCGAAGCCUUAGAAGGCGUGUUUCCACAAGUUAAUUGGAGUGCCGCUUCACCAGAGGCUCUCGCCACGAAGGCUCAGCAGUUGGCAGGACACGAUGUGUCUGGUGGAAAGCAUGGGAGUGGGCAGCUUGAUCAAUUAAAUGUGAAGAAAACUACGGAGACAAUGGCCGGAAAUUGGGCUGUCUUUUUUAGUGGAAAUUUCACGAGCAUUAUGCAGGGGCUUGUUUUUCUGUUGGCUGUGCUCCUAUUUCUACUUUAG